AAUGCCGCAUCCCAAGGAAUGGGAAUGGGAGGAGGAUUCCCCGGCAUGGGUGGUGGAAUGAGUUCUUCAAACGCCAACGCCGGUGCACAAGGUUUCGGAAUGGGCGGUGGAUUCCCCGGAAUGGGUGGCGGCAUGGGAGCUUCGUCCGCAAACGCUGGCGCCGCUUCGCAGGGAUUCGGAAUGGGUGUACCUUUCGGAGGCAUGGGUAUGGGAGGAUCGGCGGCCAAUGCUGGAGCGCAAGGUAUGGGCCAGGGAUUUGGUGGAUAAGUAAAUAGUGUAUUGUUCAGGUUACUGCUAGGUGCUCGAAGCAUUUCAUAUUGAAGCUAUUUAUUUAUUUUAAAAGAACGUAUUAAAUUGUUGAUAUAGCGUACAUGUACAGUACAUGUGCAUUGUGCAUCAAGAGUAAUAAACGAAUAAAAAUGAUUGAAACUA